UGAAAAUAGCCUACUUGUGAAUAAAUAUGUAACUAUUAUUAUUAUUUUUUUAGAAGCAUGCUGAGCGUGGAAAAAUAGAUACACUGUGGUGACAAUAUUCACCUUAAGAGAGCAGCAGUGUCGCAAAAUUAGUGAUGACGGCUACAUUUGCUUCAGCGGAAGUGGAAAUGCAGACGGAAACAACUAAAAUAUGUUAGUUUCAAUGUUUUAAACUUUAUUUUUUCUUUGUGCACCAUGGCUCUGGUUCCGUACGGAGAGCAUUCGGUACCUGCUCUUUCCAAACUUCAAAAUUCAUCAGCACGCUUUCAUUUUGCCAGGCAUGACAUCCAUAUCGCUCAAGAUUGGAGGAAGCUUGGAGUAGCAGCGGUUGUAUGGGACGCGGCUGUUGUCAUGUGUAUGUACUUGGAGUUGGGCCAGGUCGAGGUCAAGGACAAGGUUUCCAUUGAGCUGGGAGCUGGCACUGGACUGGUCAGCAUUGUUGCAGCCCUGCUGGGGGCCAAAGUGACAAUCACUGACAGGAACUCUGCGCUGGACUUCCUUUCUGCCAAUGUUAAAGCUAACCUGCCCUCUGAGCUCUGGGAAUCUGUGGCUGUGUCUGAGCUGUCUUGGGGCGAGGGUCUUGACCGAUACCCAGCAGGGGGAUUCGAUUUGGUUUUAGGAGCAGACAUUGUUUACCUGGAGGCCACGUUUCUUCCGCUGAUACAGACGCUUCAGCACUUGUGUGCCGAUGCUACUGUGGUGCUCCUGGCAUGCAGGAUCCGCUACGAACGAGAUACCAAUUUCUUAGACAUGCUGAGUCAACAGUUCGCUGUCGAGGAGGUUUACUAUGACAAGGAAAGGGACAUUCAUAUAUACAAAGCUUGGAAACAAGUGCCCAGGAGUGAUUUAUGAUUUCACUUUCAAAGACUUGCCAUCCAAAUAAAUGUUUUGAUGUAAAAUCAAAGCUUAGGAACACAUUUAUUAACGGCUGCCAAAAUGUAACAACUCUAACAUAAUGUGUCAUACAAAUUGGUGCAUACAUUAAGGAAAUUAAUGAAAGCCACAUCAAAGGUAACAAGACUCACUAUAUAACGAUGAAUAAAAUGUUAUUCUAUCAUCGUGAAAUCUCAUGGGUUGGCUGCACUGGUCAAUCCUUUCACAUUUGACCAGCAGUCAAAUAUGAUGGGCAACACACCUUAUCGAAUCCAGAUAUGCAAUGAUUGUUACUAAAAAAAAAAUAAAAGACCUGAACAUUUCAUUAUCAA